GGAGAGGCAGAGGCAGUACACCAGAUGAGAGGAGAGAGGACACCCUCUUUCCUCUUCAGUACCCCUCUCUGACCAUCAAUCAUCCAGGGCCAUUGUGGUCCUGUCCAGGGUAGCCUGCAGCGCAACCACACAGCCCAGCCACCCAGCCAGGCAGGCAGAAGAGAGGAGAGGAGAGAGGGGGCAAGGAGCUGUAGCCUUCAGGGAGAAAGGAAAGUGGAAAAUAAUGGCAGCCGGGCAACGGCCUUCUUCCUGUCCUCCUCUCCAGCCAGUGAUGCUGGGCUUGGAGGCAGCGCUGCUCUCCUUCUGCAUCUCCACUGUAUUCUCCCAGGUCCCAGACCCAGAGCUUUUACCGACAGAUCCCCCAAAGAAGCCAGACCCAGUCACUUCAGAAACAGUCGUGUUCUGGGGACUGCGGUUAUGGCAGGUUAUUGGCAUCUUCUCUAUGUUUAUUCUAGCAGUCAUCAUAACCCUAUGCUGCAUCUUCAAAUGCCGUAUCCCCAGGACGAAGAAGGAGAUUGAGGCGCGACAUGCUCAGAGAGUAGCAGCUAAGGACUACGCCAACACACUGGAGACAGUGCCUCCUCUCAACGAGCUCACAGAGAUCCCAGGCGCGCUCCUGGACACUGCAUCCCUCCCGACGGUCUCUGAGCAGGUCCAGACUAGAAGCGCCAGCAGCAGCCAGCUCCCAGUGGUGAGAGAGGAGCUGGUGCUCACUGGUCCCCUCACUCAGCCUAAGACUGGAUGA